UAAGAGUAGACGGACAUUAAACAGCCGAAGAAGAGAACACGAGCUGUCAACAAAAGCUCUCCGGAAAAUGCUGCUGUCAACCCGAAUAAUAACGAGCUAAAUUUUACCGUUGAUCACUAAAAUCCAACAGUAUCUUAUUUUAAUGACCAUUUUACUAGAAACUCACAAUGGCAGAUGGAAACACUCUGUCCGGUGUAAAUGUUGUGCUUGUUAUGGCCUACGGCAGUUUGGUGUUUGUGCUGUUGUUCAUCUUUGUGAAGAGACAGAUUAUGCGCUUCGCUGUGAAGUCUCGCAGAGGACCCCACGUGCCGCUGGGUCACAACGCACCAAAGGAGCUGAAAGAGGAGAUCGAUUCCCGUUUGUCAAAAGUGAAUGACAUUCGUUAUGAGCCAAAUCUACUCUCUAAAGAUGACGAUCGACUGAAGCAUCAAGGCCAGAAUGGGUGUUAUAAUUAUCUCUUCAGAAUGCAAGCGUUAGAUGCCAUCAGAGACUCUGAUAUCCCGUCUCGUGAGUUGGGUUGCAGUGCCAGCGCUCUGAUUGGCCGCCGCUACAGGAACUGGCUGCAGGACCUGCGAAACUCUCACGCUCUGUUCAAGUCAAAUAACAGUUCACUGAUAGAUCGCUUGCUGGAUGGCUACGACAGCGCUCGCCAUGGGACAGGGGUGUUUGGUGAGGCAGAGUUUGUGAAGUAUAAAGAAGAUCUUUCUGAACUGGCUGCUCUUGUUAAGACCCACUCCAGCAGCACCAGUCUAAACCAGCAGCACCAGUCAGCAGCUAAAGAGCUGACCAGCUCUCCCGGGCCUUCGUCUGCCUCUACCAUUCAGGUCACGUACCUGCCAUCCACCGGACAGCGCAGCAAGAGGCCCAAACACUUCCUGGAGCUCAAAAACUUUAAAGACAACUAUAAUACGCUAGAAAGCACACUUUAGAGAAUGAAACCCAAUUGAGGAACUGUGUUCAUUGCACACUGGAAACUCCUAUAUGUAGAAACGAAAACCUCAAAUCACAUAAUGACUGUGAGAAUGACUUAAUAUAUGACCAAAUCUGAGGGAUACACGUCAAUGCAGCUGUUAUGAGAGCAAUGCGCGAAUGUUAUGUUUAUAGUUUUAAUGUUUUUCUGAUGGCGCUGACAGGAAGCACAUUUUUUUUCUAAUGUUACAAAGUCACUGUUUACCAGCUUUUAUUUGCGAGAAUGUCCUUUUAAUUUGAAUAGGGACUGUAAUGUUUAUACCUUUAUUGUCCAAAGAGCACCAACAAAGCACCCUUUAGCUGAGAUGAUAAAAUUUUAAUUGGAUUGACUUUUCUGGCACAAACAAUCAAAUUCAGCUGAAAGGACAUUAAAGGGAUAGUUCACACAAAAAUGAUAUUUCUGUCAGUUUAAGCACCCUUCACUUCCAAACCUAUAGGUUCCAAACCUAUAGGACUUCCUGUCCCCUGCAGAGCACAGAAGAUGUUCUGAAGAAAACAAAACAGUUGAUGGUAGCCAGUGUCUUCCAUAGUAUUAAAAAAAAAAAAAAAUAUGGAAGUGAAUGGCUACUGUCAACUGUUUGCUUUAUUUUUGGGUGAACUAUUCCUUUAACCUUUACACCAGUUUUAUACUAAGACUACUUCAACUUGAGGUUUCCAAAUAAGAUCCUGUGCCACAUCCAUAAGAAGAGCUUCGUUUUAAUAGAAAUUUGGAGAGCUAUUAAUUUCUGUGCUGUCGAUUAGAUGAUUGUCCUCAUUUCUUUUUAAGUGCCAUUUUAAUUUGUGAAUUAGUUCUUGUAAAUAUGUGUAUAGGAGGGACAGUGUGAAUCGAUUUGGUUGUUGGGAUGGUAAUGUGGCUUAAAGAGCUAUGUUGACCUUCACUGUAUUCUGAAGUCUUAUCAGAUCUAAUGAAGCGUCUGCUUCAUCUGGACCUGCACCUCUCGGCCAGUCACUGGUUGGGUAUGCAAUUCAGGGUUUGUUCACCAAGGAUGCAUUUAUUUGAUUAAAAUACAGUAAAACAGUAA